AUGGUGCGGAGUCCCACCGUCUCUUGCCGAUCAUCUUCCCUUCUCCUCUUCAUUCGGUCCCUUCCCCUCCCGCCCGACCCCUUCCUCCUCCCCUCCACCUUCAAGGCCUGCGCGGCCCUCCGCUCCCUCCGCUCUGCUCGCCAGCUCCACUGCAUCGCCGCCGUCUCCGGCCUGUCCUCCGACCCCUUCGUCCAGUCCGCCCUCGUCCACGCCUACCUCAAAUGCGACUCCCUCCGCGACGCCCACCGAGUGUUCGACAGAAUGGCCCCCAGGACCGUCGUCCCCUGGAGCGCCAUCAUCGCCGGAUACGCCGCCGCCGGACGCGUCCACGAGUCCACCAAUCUCCUCCAAGACAUGCAGACCGCCGGCGUCCCUCCCAAUCUGAUCACCUGGAACGGCCUCAUCGCCGGNUUCUCUCUCUCCCUCUCUCUCUCGCGCGAGGCACCCGCAAAACGCAGGGAGCCCGCUGCAGGGCGGGGGUUCGCUGCGGAGGCGACGCGUGGCGGGUUGAGGGUUCGCCUUUUAUUAGUUGUAUAG